CGAAGACCAAAUGCCUAAAGUGAUACACACAAAUUAUCUGCUGAGAACGCCGGCUUGCCCUCAAAUACACCCCUUUGCAGGCCUUUCCAGGCCUUAAUUGCAGCGGUUGUCGCUCGCCAUCCUGGUUGUACUCAACAUGGCGGCGAAAGGAGUCAAAGGGCUCAUGAACCGCUGGGGAUUUGGUUCCAAAGCUAAAAAAGACGAAAUGAGCAGCAACCCAGAGCCACAAGCUAGCGGGAGCUCCUCAGAAUGGAAGGAGUAUGCAGAAUGUCUUACGAGCGACAGCCGGUGGAGCACGCACAUCUCCACCGACAAGCCGAUCUACCGCCCCGGUGACACCGUUCAUAUCCGUGCAGUCGUGCUUCACCCUAUCACGGGAGCUCCUGUGUCAAGUGGGAGUUAUGGCAUGGCGGGUAACGUGCAGGUUCUGUCCCCAAAGGGGAGUGUCGAAGCCACCCUUUACACAAACCAGCUAGAGGAGAGCGUGGCAUAUGCCUCAUGGGCAGUCCCGGAGGGCCAGGCCGGGGGUGAAUACACUCUCAAGCUCGAGUAUGGGGAGUAUGGGGGCAUGGGAGCCAGCCCCCCGGCAGAGCGCAAGAUCCAGAUCCGCAAUUUCCGGAGCCCUAAGCUGAACGUGAGGGUGGAGUUUCUGGGAAGGGGGUACAGUGCAGGGGACGAGGUCAAGGGAAAGGUGUCGGUCACCCGCGCUGAAGGCGGCGCCCCCCCAGCCGGCACUCCCGUCUCGCUCACGGCGCGAGUCGACGGGACCGCCGUCCAUUCCUCCGAAGCCGUUCUCGAUGAUUCGGGGGUGUGCUACGCCGGCUUCGCGCUGCCCCCCGAAAUAGCGGAGGGCCUGGGCGCGCUGACUGCGGUGGUUCACGACGGGGGUAACGUGGAGAGCGGCAGCAAGACCAUCCCGAUUGUGCUGCAGACUGUGGACGUGAAGCUCUUCCCGGAGGGGGGGGUGCUUGUUCCAGGUCUCGAGAACCGUGUCUAUUUCGAAGCGCGCGACCCAACCGAAGAGCCCCUCGACGUCGAGGGCGAGGUCUGGCCCGUCGGUGGGAAUGCGCCCCUCGCCACCUUUGCCGCAGUCCAUGAAGGCCGAGGAAAGUUCGUCUUCACACCGGCCGCCGGCCAGGCUUACGAAGCUCGGUUCACCAAACCGGGGAGCGUCAAGAAGCCAGUUCCCCUGCCGGAAGUUGAGGGAGGCGCCAAUCACGGGCUGCCAAGUGUCGUCCUCAGAGUCGAGGCCCCGGCUGACGGGGCAGAAAAAACGGCAAACUCGAGUGCCGCUAUCGACGUCACCGUUGGAAGCACCGCUGCGGCGACUCUGCGAGUCGCCCUGUACAAGCGGGAGGUCGCCCUCGAGAGCAAAGAUGUAAACAUCUCCGCCGCGGGGGGUACCCAGACGCUGUCCUUCCUGCUCCCCGGGGCGGAAUACUCCGGGGUCCUCCGAGUGACCGUCUUCGCCGAGAGCAGCGGCGACUGGACGCCCGUCGUGGAACGGCUGAUCUUCCGGGCGCCAGUCAGAAAGCUCCACGUGGCAGUGUCCGGGGGCCCCGCGCAGGGGGGUGGAAACGACUGCGUGCCCGGGGGGAGGGCCCGGGUGGAGGUGGCGGUGACGGAUGCGGUAACGGGGGAGGUGGUGAGCGGGGCGGUGGUCGGCGUCAGUGUGGUGGAUAACAGUAACCUGGAGCAAGUGGAGCCGCGCAGGCGUGCGCCGCGGCUACCGGCUAUGGCGCUGCUCGAAGACGAGGUGGACCAUCUGGAGGACCACGCGGCCUACAUCGACGGCUCGGAUCUGCCCGGCGGCUCCGAUCCAUCUCUGGCCGUCGAUCUGCUGCUGGGCACCCAGGGCUGGCGGCGCUUCCUCUACCGUGACCCUCUAGAAAAGUUGGUCGGGGAGGGGACCGGCGAAAACGGCGAGAAGACGAAACGCGACAAGUUCAAGCGCGCCGCGGGCGUUCAGCCGGUUCAACCUCAGCCGGUGUAUCCCUUCCAGGCGCUGGCCCGUGGCGGCCCCAAAAUGCGCGCGAUGAACUUUGCGUUUGGUGGUGGCGGCCCUCCCGUCCUCCCCCAGGCCGCCUUUAUGGCGGCACCUGCCCCGCCGGGCGGCGCUUUCCGCGGUCCCCCGGUCGAACUCAUGAUGCUUCACGACUUGGAAGCUGGAGCGGGGGAUCCCCCCGAGCCGGAAGGGGCAGAGGGAGGGCUGGAGAUGCUCAAGGAGGGAGCGGAAGCGGAACCAGCGAGAGCGGAAGCGGAAUUCCCGGCGGAUGACUUGGUCGCCGACGUAAAGAUGGAAGUGGAAGAUGCUGCCGUGGAGAUGGAGGUGGAGCAAGCCGCAGACGCUCCAAAGGCGAGAAAGAAGAUGGCUGCGCCGAAACCCGUCAUGCCGGCCGCCGGGUUUGCGGCAUCGAUGGCCAGGCCGAUGCCUGUCAUACGCGUUUACGCCCACACCCGGCGGAAGCAGGGGGUGGAGAGGAGUACCCAGAGGUCCGACUUCACCGAGACGGUCUACUUCGCCGCCUCCCUAGUUACCGACGCGCGCGGCCGCGCGGCCGCGGAGUUUGAUCUGAGCGACUCCAUCACGUCCUUCGCCGUCACCGUCGACGCCCACAAGGCGAUCGAGCUCAAAACCGCCGGCGACAUCGUCACCACAACCGUUACCACCAAGACCAAGGACGGGGCCGAGACCACCGUUACCACGACGGAAACCAAACCGCCCCGGGUCGUGCGCGCGUGCGCGCUCGGCGCGUCGGACGGUACCUUCAAGAUCCGGUCGGUGAAGCCGUUCUACGUGGACGCAAAGUGCCCCCUCGAGCUCACGACGAGCGACCGGGUGCUCCUACCGGUCACUCUGGUGAACGCGGCCCCGGACCCAGUCUCGGUUGCGGUGCAAGUCGGGGUGAAGGGGCCGCUUUCCUUAGACGCAUCCGAUCGCCCGGGGAAGUCUACCGGGUCCGAGGCAAUGGAUGUCGACCCCCCCGGAAAGAUGGCCCCCAACUUUACCCUGCUGAAGCAGAGCCUGGAGGCCGCCAGCAGUGCCCGGAGAAUCGUCCCGAUCGUAGCGGGGGGGGCCGCUCUCGACGCGGCCUACCAGGCGGAUACCGAUACCCCCUCUCCCGUUCCGAGGGGUUCGGUGACUGUGAACGCUACGGCGUCGGUUGGGGGGGGGAACACGAACGGGGGGGUCGUGCACAGGGAUAAUGUGAAGAGGGAGUUUGCGGUGUCGCCCAAGGGGUUCCCCCAGGAACAGUCGGCGGGGGGGAUGCUGAAGCCCGGGGGAGGGAAAGUGGGCGGGGAGUUUGCGCUGCCAGAGGACACGCAACCGGGGAGCGUGGUGACGUCAGUCACGGUGUUCCCGUCGCCAGUGGCAAGCCUGACGCAAGCUUUGGAGGCCCUGAUCCGCGAGCCGUACGGCUGCUUCGAGCAGACGUCAGCGACCGUCUACCCCAACAUCAUGGCGCAGCAAUACUUCAAGACGCACUCCGGCGUAUCGCCCCAGCUUAUGGAGAAGUCCUAUAAGCUAUUGGGCACGGGCCUGGAUAAGCUGCGGAGCUUCGAAGUGAAGGGCAGCGGCGGGUACGAGUGGUUCGGGUCGGAGCCCGCGCACGAGGCGCUGACAGCGUAUGGGCUGCUGGAGUUUGUGGAUAUGGCGCAGGUGUACCCCGUUCCGGAGGACAUGAUCCGCAAAACGCGCGCGUGGCUCCUCGGCCGCCGGGACGCGCCCGCGCGCGCGUUCCACCUGGACCCCAAGUCGCUCGACAGCUUCGGCGGCGCGCCCGCUGACGUCACCAACGCCUACAUCGUGUGGUCGCUGACGUACGCCAAGCUCAAGGACGGGCUGGAGCAGCAGAUCGCCAGCCUGGUGGAGCAGACGGCGACCAACAAGGACCCCUACUUUGUUGGCCUGGUCGCCGGCACCCUCUACAAUGUGGGCCGCAACGACGAGGCGGCGCCGCUCGCGCGCGGCCUGGAGAAAUUUCAGAAGAAGGACGGGAGCCUGGUCGACGCACGCACGUCCAUCACGCGCUCCGGCGGGGACUCCCUUCUCAUCGAGACCACUGCGGUGGCCGUCCUCUGCUGGCUCAACGAGAAAGCGGCCUUCGGUCCCAACAUCCGCCGCGCCGUCGAAUGGCUCGCCACGCGCUGCAAGGACGGCAAGUUCGGCUCCACGCAAGCGACGGUGCUCGCGCUGAAGGCGAUCAUAGCGUAUGACGUCAGCAUGACGUCGGCGCGCGCGCCCGGGAAGGUGCACCUGCUGGUGGACGGCGCGCGCGUGGAGAGCGUCGCGUUCGACGCGAAGACGGAGGGGGCGAUCGUGUUUAAGGACGUGGCCGCGCGGCUGACGUCGGACGGGCGUGCGAGGAAAGUGGAACUAGAGAUGGAGGACGGUGCGGAGAUGCCGUACGCGAUCCAGAUCCGCUACCACUCGGAGCGCCCGUCUUCCGCGGCCGAAUGCGCCAUCGGGCUCAGCGUUGCGCUGCAGCAACCGACCGCCCAAGAGGGCGACCUCGUCGAGAUCCUGAUGACUGUGGAGAAUAAGAAAGCGGACGAGGCGCUGCCCAUGACGGUCGCCAUUCUGGGCCUCCCCGGCGGCCUCGAGCCGCGCCACGACCAGCUGCGCGAGCUCGUGACGCGGGGUGACGUGGCGUUUUACGAGCUCCGCGGCCGUGACGUUAUCUUCUACUGGCGCACCCUGGCGGCCGGGCAGAAGGUGACGUUGCGCUUGGAGGCGAGCGCCGCGGUUCCCGGCGAGUAUGUCGGGCCGGCCUCUAGAGCGUACAUGUACUAUACGGACGAGCUGAAGACGUGGACUGAGCCCAUCAGGAGCGUCAUAACCCCGAAAACUGACUGAUAAAGUUGCGUACCUAGAAAGAGCGUGUGUUUGCGGCGACAGACGAGACGUGUGUGCUUCAGGGGAUGUCUUCUUGGGCAGAUGCGCAUCUAGAAGAGGUUGUUUUGUAGUCCCGGUCCUUGAGUUUUUUUACUUUCACUGUUACGUAUCGUGACUCUGUUGUAUAUUGCAUACUGUGCCGUGGUUCUUGACUCUCGUUACUUCUUUGAGACGUUUUUAGCCAGAUUGAUAUCAUUGUAUUCUGAAAGAAAGGAGCGAUUACUGUAGAACUUUAGUCUGAGGAGUGCCGUGGAGGCACACUGAGUUUAUGGCUCACACGACCGAUAAGGUUGAUAAUACGUUGACUAUAUUAGCACUAAUAUAUUAAAAAUGGAUGUCAG